AUGGUGAUUAGGGGGGCCAAGGCUAAGCCAGUUGGACAUGGCAUGAGUAAGCUUGCAGGGGUGGAUCAAGGAGCAAACCCUAGAAGAUCAGAUGAGAAGGGUACUGCGGACAAGGGAGAGGACCACCCAUCCUACUGGGUCCAACAUCCUCGUACUGGGAUAUACUUCCCAAAAGGCCAUGAAUUGGUGAUGGAGGAAGUUCCAGUUGGUGCAGCCUCCUUUGGUGAGACCUAUUGGCUGAGGAACACUGAUGGAGUUAAUAAACCAGACCCUUAUCAAUUUCAAAUCAUCAAUCCAUGA